UGCGAUUCUGUGAUUCUGCGAUUGUGUGUUUUGUUCCAGAGUGAAGUUUCUUUGCUGAGCAAGAUUAUACCCUUGGCACAUCACCACUGGGUGUGGUUUUCAGGGAGUUAUUACCUUUAUCACUCAUAUACACAUCCUCACUCUGUCUAUAAAUAUAUUUUCUGUUUGUAUAUGCAGCAUGUUGAUAUUUGGUGUUCCAAGUGAAAUCUUAUUGAUACUCCAACCUUGUUGUCUCCCUGAAGUGACCAACGUGCCAGGAACUGAGCAGUAUCUCUGUGUUUAAGAAAGGGCAAAAACACACAACGGCAGACCAGAUAGACCAUUUUUGGACAUGUAAAUGGUACAAGGACAAAACCCUUUUUUGUGUAAGACAUUUGAGACCAGCUUAACUUCACCCUACUCUGGUUUCUUCAUACCCAUGGGACUGGCAUCUGAUGAGCUGCAUCAGGAGAGCUGGGUCAGAUAGGGGUUAGCAACAGGUUCUGCACCAGAAGGUGGUCAGGCACUGGAAAAGGUUCUCCAGGCAGUGGAUACAGCUAAGAGCUGCUGGAGUUCAAGGGGCAUUUAGACAACACUCUCAGAUAUAUGUCUGAUUUUUGAGUGGUGCUGUGUGGACCCAGGAGUUGGACUUGAUGAUACUUGUGGGUCCCUUUCAACUCAGGAUAUUCUAUGAUUCUACCUGAGGUGCUAUCCCUAGUUAGCUGCUGCAAUAGGAGGCAACUUGGGUGAAGGAAAGCUCACAAAUUAAUGACCAGCAUAGCCACACAAAGCCUCCUGCAUGAUGGUGCUAAGCAUGAAGAGGUAAUGUCUGAGAUGCUGAUUCUGGAGACACCUACAGCUGCAAGAAAUUCUCCUGGCAGCUGAAAAUUAUGACAUCCCCACUGUAGCCUAUAAGGGACCUCCCUUAUCUUUACAUAUGGACAGAUUAGAGUUGAGGGCUGGUUGACACUUCCCAGCUGACAAUUCUCAACCUAUGGAAGGAAUCGUGGUACAAUCAGCCAAAGAGUAGACUUGGUGGUAUGUGCAGAUCUAUCUUUCAUGCUUGCUUCGUAGACAGCACAAUCUCCAGGCACAGCUCUAGAAAAUAUGUCUUCUGGGAGGGCAUGGUAAUGUGGGCUGAGCUCCCAUCCCAGUGGUCUUCAUAAAGCCUUCAAAACAUGGCUUCAAAGGGCUUGUAACCUUAAAUGGAUGAAUCCAAUGCCAAUACUGUGUCUAUUUGAGAGAGGGUUGUUCUGGUUACCGUCUUCACUGACAUGAAGAAUGGCUAUCUCACUAAAACUAUUUGUGAACAGCAGUGUUAAAUGAUGGAACUGGACAAAUGAAGGGAAAAAAGUCCAAACCACCAGAUUUUUAUUAUUUAAAUAAAAGAAGGGGAUCUGCUUUCUGUAUGUACAUAGAAAAACAACCGCAGUAACUUGCACUUGGCUGUACCCUUUGUGCUUCUCAGCCCUGGCUGGUGUUGCUAUCAGAUAAAUGCUGAGCCCAUGGUCCCGCUGUGCUCCCAUUCUGGGCAGCUGUGUCCCAAGAGCAGCUGCCCUCAGCCAGCCUGGCAGCCAGGAAAGGCAACAAGCCCACUGCUGGGGCUGGAGCCUCCCCCGGCUCUUGUGCCUCUGACCGGCAUCCGCUGCUUUGCCUGCUGCCAGUGGCGAUAAUGUAGUCUCUGAUAAUGAGAUUAUUAUCAAAUAAUGUUCAUACUUCUCAGUGCCAAAGGCAUGAAAUAGGAGAUGCUUUCUGCUGUUCUCCUCUGCAUGCAAAGAGGGGGAAAAGGGCAGGAGAGAGCCUUAUCCCUGUGCCCUGUGUUCUCUUGACGCUCAGCCAGCCAGAUCAUGUGGCCAGGAUAGUACAGCUUGCUCUUAUGGGUUUUAUACGUUCAUUUUCGGUCACUCAGCUUGAGGCAGCAUGUUUUGGAAAGCAGCACAGGCCCUCUCCCAGCAGCUGGCCUAGUGGGCAGAGCCACUCCUUGCUACUUUGGAAUGGAAAGCUCUGUAUUAGAAAACUCGCUAUUGUUCCCAGCCAGCGGAAUUGUUCCUUGGACACACUGUACCCUGCUUGUGGCAGGGCUGCUGGGAACCUAUAGAAGCCUGGCUGAGAGAAAAGACUGCUUUAAGGGACACUUUGCAACUUAAACAUAGCCAUGCAUUUCCUUUGAAGAGGACUCCCUAUGGAUGUUGUACUCAGCAGUGACACAGCCACACUUAUUUAUUGGGAUGUAGCCCUUUUUCCUCUGCCCUCAGUGGGAGCUGUGCCACUGGUUUUGGGAAGAGUAGCUCUUCUAUCCAUAGCAGGAGAAGGGCUGUAAAGCCACCUUUCUCCUGCGUGCAGCACUCAUUACUCCCAGCAGUGAGAAUUGUGUUCCUUCUCUGCUUACUGCCCCUAUCCAAUAGAGCACUUCUGGCACAGCCCCUUGCACCUGCUUUCCCCUUUUCGUUUGAGGAAGCACAGCAAGAAACAGCACAGCAGUUUUCCGCCUCCCUGAUCGCAGACGCUGCGCCCAGCACUGCAAAUGACCUGUUACUGGUCUAUAGAUCCCAGCGUGCAGCAGCAGGUUUCAAAGGCUCUGGCUCAUUUUCAGGCACCGUGUGUUGUUAGUCCCAACACACCACCGCAUCAUGGGGAGGUGGGGACCCAGCCAGAAAACGCCAGGUCUGGGCCACCCUGGGCCAUGAGAAGCCUUCCCUUCUCUGGUCCAGACCAGCACAGAGCUCAGCAGGAACAACCUGCUGCUCCCAGCUGAAGCCAGUGGCCACAACCAUCCACGGGACACGGGGACAGGAGCGCAGUGCAGCACCUGCAAGCCACACAGCAGCGUGCCUGCAGCCUGGAGUGCGUUCAUGCCCCGUAAUACUGCUGGAAAACAGAGAGCGGAGGAAGCCACUUGGCACCUUCAGUACCUCCCUGGGUGAGGAAGACCACACAGCUGCUGAGGCCCCCGUGGACACUUGGGCAAGAGGAGGCCAGCCAAAAUGGUUUCUGUCUUUCGGAGCGAGGAGAUGAGCCUGAUGCAGCUCUUCCUGCAAGUGGAGGCUGCCUACUGCUGCGUGGCCGAGCUCGGAGACCUGGGCCUGGUCCAGUUCAGAGAUCUGAAUGCAAAUGUGAACAGCUUCCAGAGAAAGUUUGUGAAUGAAGUGAGAAGGUGUGAAUCCUUGGAGAGGAUCCUGCGUUUUCUGGAAAAUGAAAUGGAAGAUGUUGUGGAGAUAGUCAAACUAGAGACGUACCCAGAGACCCCCCUGCCUCGGGAAAUGAUUGAUAUGGAGACAGUGCUGGAGAAACUUGAGGCUGAGCUGCUGGAAGCCAACCAGAAUCAGCAAACUCUGAAGCAGAACUUCCUUGAGCUGAUGGAACUCAAGCAUCUGCUGAAGAAAACACAGGACUUCUUUGAGGCAGAAACCAAUCUGCCAGAUGAUUUCUUCAGUGAAGACACAUCUGGCCUGCUGGAACUGAGGACCACCCCUUCUGCUGCAGCUGCCAAGCUGGGAUUCACAGCAGGGGUCAUAAAGAGGGAAAGAAUGAUACCCUUUGAGCGUCUGCUGUGGCGAGCCUGUAGGGGAAACAUCUAUCUGAGGUACACUGAGAUGGAUACCCCCCUGGAGGACCCUGUGACGAGAGAAGAGGUGAAAAAGAAUGUGUUCAUUAUCUUCUAUCAGGGAGAGCAGCUCAAACAAAAAAUCAAGAAGAUUUGUGAUGGAUUUCGUGCCACAGUGUACCCCUGUCCAGAGUCUGCCACUGAGCGCCGAGAAAUGCUUGAUGGAGUGAACACAAGGAUUGAGGAUUUAAACACAGUGAUAACCCAAACUGAGUCCCACCGCCAGCGGCUGCUGCAUGAGGCAGCAGCCAACAUGUGGUCCUGGGAGAUCAAGGUAAAGAAAAUCAAGGCCAUCUAUCACAUCCUGAAUUGCUGUAACAUUGACGUCACCCAGCAGUGUGUCAUUGCAGAGAUCUGGUUCCCAGUAGCUGAUGCUGGCAGGAUAAAAAGAGCUCUCCAUCAGGGAAUGGAGAGAAGUGGCUCUACCAUCACCCCUAUCCUGACAACCAUACACACUAGGAUGGCACCACCCACCUUCAACAGGACUAACAAGUUCACAGCUGGAUUUCAGAACAUCGUGGAUGCGUAUGGUGUGGGCAACUACAGGGAGAUGAACCCAGCUCCUUACACUAUCAUUACUUUCCCCUUCCUGUUUGCGGUGAUGUUUGGGGACUGUGGUCAUGGUGCUGUCAUGCUGGGCUUUGCGCUCUGGAUGGUCAUUAACGAGGAGAGCCUUCUGGCCCAGAAAAGCACUAAUGAGAUCUGGAACACUUUUUUCAGUGGGCGCUAUCUGAUCCUGCUCAUGGGCAUAUUUUCCAUGUAUACUGGCUUCAUCUACAAUGACUGCUUUUCCAAAUCAUUCAACAUCUUCGGCUCUUCCUGGCACAUUAUCCCCAUGUUUAAAAAUAACACUUGGAAUAAGGAAGUGCUUCUCGACAACACUGUGCUGCAGUUGGAUCCAGCAGUCCCAGGGGUCUACUCUGGAAAUCCAUACCCAUUUGGAAUAGAUCCAAUCUGGAACAUUGCGUCAAACAAGUUGACUUUUCUGAACUCCUACAAAAUGAAGAUGUCAGUUGUGAUUGGAAUUGUGCAUAUGAUUUUUGGGGUGAUACUCAGUCUCUUUAACCACAUGUAAGUCUGUUUCACCAAGCCCAUUG